GCAGUGUGAACGUAGCCUUUGAGUGCUCACUUGAGUAGAAAGGUCAGUGUAUUAUUAAGGCCUAUGCUAACUUUACAGUAUUAGUGGUAGGCCUGCACAAUAAAUCGAAAAUUUAUUGUCAUCGCAAUAUCAGCCUGUGCGAUGGGCCCAUCGCAAAACAUGGCAUAAACUGUGAUAAUUGGGUACCCUAAAAUGUUUACACACGUGCUUUAAAGACUUUACCAAUCAAAGAAACCCCUUGACACAUUUGACCAGUCGAAUAGAGCCCUUCACGACAUUAACCACUCAAAUGGAUUAGUGGCCCGCCUCCUACGUAGGGGGAUGAGCGAACAACGCUGCAGCAACAAGCUACUAUGAACUCGUAGCUAAAAAAAAAAUAGUACCUCGCUUAUUUGGAGGUACUUUGGAUUUGAUAAAGAUGACGUUCUCCAAACACAGGUACACUGCAAAACUUGCCGAACACUCGUGGCAACCACCAGAGGAAACACGACUAAUCUCCACCAUCAUCUUCAAUACAACAACAGAGAACUGUUUGAAGAGUUCCAGAAAGUUAGGGCUAGCCAAACAAAGGUUGCUAAUGUUAAGAUAAAGAGCACAGCAGUCCAACAGCCGUCUCUGUAUCAGAGUUUUUCAAGUGGAACUCCUUAUGAGAAAACGUCAAAGUGGUACAAAGAAAUAACAGAGGCCAUUACACAUUUUUUGGCUAAAGACAUGAUGCCUAUAAAUACAGUUAGCAGAGAGGGCUUCACCAGUCUGAUACAUAAAGUGGACCGGAGAUACCGCAUCCCCUCACGAAACUACUUUUCCCAUGUCGUCAUUCCACAAAUGUACGAAACAUGCCGCAAGAUCGUCAUGUUUGAACUGAGCCAAGCUGAAAACUACGCAAGCACUACAGUAAAGUUUCCUCUCCAGUUUUGACUUACAUCAUAACUACUUGGUUCUUGAUGUAGCCAGAGUGUUGGUGUCAAGAUGUGUGAUCAGAAACAUGUCAGAGAGCAUGGUGAUAUGAUAAACAGUGACGAUGGAGACCAGCUGUCAGCCAGUGAUGAAUCUGAGCCUGAACAACAACCCAGCAGAGCUCCAUUUGACCCAGACCUAGACCACAGUGAUCAUGAUGAUGAUGAACAUGAUGAUGUGUGUGCACCAGCAACUAUUCCCAUAUCUCAGAGUUCAUUCAGUUUGAGUGGAGGGACCUCAGCCUUCUCUGACCGCAGCCACAGUAUCUUUGACUGCCUAGACAGUAUUGGCAGGCAGACUUUCUCCUCUCUAAAUCAGAACACUGUUGCAGACAAAUCCUCACUUCACAGUCAAAACACAAGCCAUCCGUCAUCCACCUGUCCCACACCACCAAAGAAGAGAUUAGUCCCAGACUACCUAGUGCAUCCUGAACGCUGGACACAUUACAGUCUGGAGGAUGUGAAUGAGAGCAGUGAUCAGGAAAAUAGCAGGGUGGCUUAUCAGUUCCUGUCCAGCCUGGGGCAAGAGGCAAAAGGCAGUUCCCCUUGUGACCUCCAGCACAAGAUGAUCUUCAGACCCAAGCAACUGCCGAAGGAACAACCUAAUGAUCAGCUUUCUCUUGUGAGUGCAAAGGAGACAGGAAUGCAUCUCAGUCACCUACUGGAGGAGGAGGAGGACGAAGAGGCAGAAGGAAGGAAAACAGAAGAAAAUCUAGACAAAACUGAGAAAGGACAAAAAGAUGAAGAGAAGGACAUGAGUGGAGCUAUGGGUCAAGGAGAGGAAAAGAAAGAGGUGCAAAAAGAAAAGAAGGUAGAAGAGUCCAGGUACCAGUUUACCUCCUUCAGGAAUAUGAUGACUAAAAACUACAGGAAGCGUUCUGGCUGUGAGGACAACUGACGACAGCAAAGCAGUGACGUCCUCACCGUCAGCAGGGUGGAUCUCAAUGUUUCAUCGUCCAGUCACAUAUGAAACGUACUUUUACUCCACAUGCUUCAUCAUCUGCCCACAGGUGUUUGUUCUGUUUCACCCAGCAGCGAUGUUCCAGAGUGCUUCACUUCCUACUUCAAGUUUCCAGUCCUUAUUGUAGAAUUUUAGUUCCUGUUGUAUUUGGUAUUCUGAAAUAAAGUAUUGAAUUCAAAGUUU